AAAAAGCUUGACUGGCGUCAUUCAGGAGCUGGAUGGCGUGGGACAUGUGCAACCAGGACUCUGUAUGGAGUGACAUCGAGUGUGCUGCUCUGGUUGGUGAAGACCAGCCUCUUUGCCCAGAUCUUCCUGAACUUGACCUUUCUGAACUAGACGUGAACGACUUGGAUACAGACAGCUUUCUGGGUGGACUCAAGUGGUGCAGUGACCAAUCAGAAAUAAUAUCCAAUCAGUACAACAAUGAGCCUUCAAACAUAUUUGAGAAGAUAGAUGAAGAGAACGAGGCGAACUUGCUAGCAGUCCUCACAGAGACACUGGACAGUCUCCCUGUGGAUGAAGACGGAUUGCCCUCAUUUGAUGCGCUGACAGAUGGAGAUGUGACCACUGAGAAUGAGGCUAGUCCUUCCUCCAUGCCUGACGGCACCCCUCCGCCUCAGGAGGCAGAAGAGUCGUCUCUACUUAAGAAGCUCUUACUGGCACCAGCCAACACUCAGCUAAGUUAUAAUGAAUGCAGUGGUCUCAGUACCCAGAACCAUGCAAACCAUAAUCACAGGAUCAGAACAAACCCUGCAGUCGUUAAGACCGAGAAUUCAUGGAGCAAUAAAGCGAAGAGCAUUUGUCAACAGCAAAAGCCACAAAGACGUCCCUGCUCAGAGCUUCUCAAGUAUCUGACCACAAAUGAUGACCCACCUCACACCAAACCCACAGAGAACAGAAACAGCAGCAGAGACAAAUGCACCUCCAAAAAGAAGUCCCACACACAAUCGCAGUCUCAACAUUUACAAGCCAAACCAACAACUUUAUCUCUUCCUCUGACCCCAGAGUCACCAAAUGACCCCAAGGGUUCCCCAUUUGAGAACAAGACUAUUGAACGAACCUUAAGUGUGGAACUCUCUGGAACUGCAGGCCUAACUCCACCCACUACGCCUCCUCACAAAGCCAACCAAGAUAACCCUUUCAGGACUUCUCUGAAGCUGAAGUCCUCUUGCAAGACUGUGGGACCUCCUCCAUCAAAGAAGCCCAGGUACAGUGAGCCUCCUGGCACCCAAGGCAAUAACUCCACCAAGAAGGGGCCCGAGCAAUCUGAGUUGUACGCACAGCUCAGCAAGACCUCUGUGCUCACCAGUGGACACGAGGAAAGGAAGGCCAAGCGGCCCAGUCUACGGCUGUUUGGUGAUCAUGACUAUUGUCAGUCAAUUAAUUCCAAAACGGAAAUACUCAUUAAUAUAUCACAGGAGCUCCAAGACUCUAGACAACUAGAAUAUAAAGAUGCCCCCUCCGAUUGGCAGGGGCAGAUUUGUUCUUCCACAGAUUCAGACCAGUGCUACCUGAGAGAGACUCCGGAGGUGGGCAAGCAGGUCUCUCCUGGCAGCACCAGAAAACAGCUCCAAGACCAGGAAAUUCGAGCCGAGCUGAACAAGCACUUCGGUCAUCCCAGUCAAGCUGUUUUUGACGACGAAGCAGACAAGACCAGUGAACUGAGGGACAGUGAUUUCAGUAAUGAACAAUUCUCCAAACUACCUAUGUUUAUAAAUUCAGGACUAGCCAUGGAUGGCCUGUUUGAUGACAGCGAAGAUGAAAGUGAUAAACUGAACUACCCUUGGGAUGGCACGCAAUCCUAUUCAUUGUUCGAUGUGUCGCCUUCUUGCUCUUCUUUUAACUCUCCAAGUAGAGAUUCCGUGUCACCACCCAAAUCCUUAUUUUCUCAAAGACCCCAAAGGAUGCACUCUCGUUCAAGGUCCUUUUCUCGACACAGGUCGUGUUCUCGAUCACCAUAUUCCAGGUCAAGAUCAAGGUCCCCAGGCAGUAGAUCCUCUUCAAGAUCUUGCUACUACUAUGAGUCAAGCCACUGCAGACACCGUGCGCACCGAAAUUCUCCUCUGUGCGCAAGAUCGCGUUCCAGGUCGCCCUACAGCCGUAGGCCCAGGUAUGACAGCUACGAGGAAUAUCAGCACGAAAGGCUGAAGAGGGAAGAAUACCGCAAAGAGUAUGAGAAGCGGGAGUCUGAAAGGGCCAAACAAAGGGAGAGGCAGAGGCAGAAGGCAAUUGAAGAACGCCGCGUGAUUUACGUUGGUAAAAUCAGACCUGACACAACACGGACGGAACUGAGGGACCGUUUUGAAGUUUUUGGUGAAAUUGAGGAGUGCACAGUAAAUCUGCGGGAUGAUGGAGACAGCUAUGGUUUCAUUACCUACCGUUAUACCUGUGAUGCUUUUGCUGCUCUUGAAAAUGGAUACACUUUGCGCAGGUCGAAUGAAACUGACUUCGAGCUGUACUUUUGUGGACGCAAGCAAUUUUUCAAGUCUAACUAUGCAGACCUAGAUUCAAACUCAGAUGACUUUGACCCUGCUUCCACCAAGAGCAAGUAUGACUCUCUGGAUUUCGAUAGUUUACUGAAAGAAGCUCAGAGAAGCUUGCGCAGGUAACAUGUUCCCUGGCUGAAGAUGACAGAGGGACGGUGAAUACCUCACGGGACAGCGCGUCCUUCCCUAACUGACUAUUGCAAGUCAUACUUAGGAAUUUCUCCUACUUUACACUCUGUAUAAAAACAAAACAAAACAACAACAAUACAACAAGAACAACAACAAUGGUUUACAUGAACACAGCUGCUGAAGAGGCAAGAGACAGAAUGGAUAUCCAGUAAGCACGUUUAUUCAUGGGUGUCAGCUUUGCUUUCCCUGGAGUCUCUUGGUGAUGGAGUGUGUGUGUGUGCGCUCGCGUGUGUGUACGUGUGCGAGUGUGCCGGUGCGGGUGCGGGUGUGCGCCCAUGCGCGCACCUGGUUUGGGGGAAGUGUGUACGUACAGGCGGGGACUGGGGGCACCCGACCAGAGUGCGCCUGGGCAAAUCACUUCAAAUGGCAGCAGUUCCAUGAAGACGCACUUAAAACCUAGAACUUCAAAAUGUUCAUAUUCUAGUCAAAAAGAAAAAAAAAUGCAUAAAUUCAAAAGGAAAGAAAACUAACCAACCAACCACAAACCACCCUAAAAUGACAGCCACUGAUGUCUGGGCAUCAACCUCCGUACUCUUGUUUUUUAAGAAAGUGCAAAAUCAACCUGAAGCAAGCUUUCUCUCAUAACGUAACGGUUAUAUGACAAUCCCGGAGAAACCACAGUUUCUGUAAAACUAAUAUCCUUUCUCUCUCUCUCUCUUUCUCUCUCUCCCUCCCUCCAUCCAUCUAUUUCUUCCUCCCUCUCUGCCCCCC